GUUACUACACACUGUACGCCCACCACAUUCACUCACACGAGGCAGCUUCAGUGAAUCCGUCCGCCACUUAGGUCUUAGGUCGGUCAGACAAUAAACCAAGUUUGAGACAAUCUACGUUGUCGAACACACACACGGACGAUGGCAGGAUAUCCACCCGACCAGGCCUACCCGCCUCAACAGGGAUAUCCACCACAGCAGGGCUACCCACCACAGCAGGGCUACCCACCACAGCAGGGGUACCCACCACAGCAGGGCUACCCGCCUCAACAAGGAUAUCCCCCACAACAGGGAUAUCCACCUCAGCAGGGCUACGGUGGCGGGCAACAGAGCGCUACGACUGUAGUCGUCGCCCAACAGCCGGCUGCUACAACCCAUACGACUGUAGUCGUUGAGAGACGCGGUACCAAUCACUGCCUGCACUGCGUUAUUUGCUUCUUCUUCUUUCCCUGGAUCAUCGUUUGGAUCUACUUCUGCAUCACCGACCCGUAGAUGGAUGGAAUGAAAAUGAAAGGGAAGAAGCUAACUAGCGUGGUACAGUCGUAAAGGACGUGUGUUCUGCACUUGCUGUGUGUGAGUCGUUGUUCUUUACUGUCAGGUAGAAUAUUUGCGUAUAUAGAGUGUACAGUAGACACUCAAACACCGGGUCUGCUUUUUGUAUGCUUGUUGGGUGCACAUUGUGGGGAAACAGGAGAAUUGAGGUAUUGGCUAGAGUAUUGCCAUA